UACCUUAACCUGCACAAACCGGGUCUUCCUUUGUAACACACUCUUGAUUCUCCUGAGUUACACACACCCUUCCCGUGUCUUGAAUUAGCUUUCCACUUCUACAUAAGCCCCGGUUCACCCUGCAUAUCCACUGCUACAUAUUGCUGUCGCUCCACCACCAAUUGGCGUCACUAACGCCGCUCUCGACAUGACAGAAUACCGUCACGUUUACUCAGACCGCGGACGCCUGCGCUAUAUCCCAGAACAUUUACCAGAGCCCUUACGGAUUGGACGUGGUCUCUUUCAAGGACGUCCCCGUCGACCGCACCGCAUCCACAUCGCACACGUCGCACCCGACCCAACCCUCCGCUGUCGCCAAAGGCGGGAGACGACUAGCAAGUCGUACUUCACAGAAAAACUGGCGGGCCCCCGUGAGAACGCCAAGCGCUAUCUGCGCAAUUUGCUCGACAAACAGUUCGCCUCGCCCUCAGAACCUACAAACAUUGUCCUACCUGCCUCGUCUGCCAAUAGCAACCGCACAUCGAUUGCUUCUUUCCCGGAGAGCAGGCUUUCCACAGCACCCAGCGACAUGCGUUCAACACCACGAGCCUCUGGCGCGGUUGGCUCUUUCGGCCAUAUGUCAGCCCAGUCGCACCUCGACAUGUCCCGUCCCUCGCUAUCAGAUUCGCACCUCUCGUCUGGGAGAUCUUCGGCGAAAAGCGCGAUCAGCAGCAUAUCCAAACUGCCAGAAGAGAAGCCGAUAGCUUCAGGAGGAGGUGUCAGCGUCAACAUUGCACUCACAGAACCUGUUUUGUUUCUCCAGGGGUUCGAGCAGACCGAGCACGCGGAGCGGAACACAGCAAUGCUUCGUGGCUCCCUGAUAUUGAAGGUCACAAAACCUACAAAGCUAAAGGCCAUCACACUGAAAUUCAGAGGCAAAGCUGUCACAAAGUGGCCCGAGGGCAUUCCUCCCAAGAAGGUCGAUUUUGAGGAGGUUGAUAUCCUGAUGAACCACACGUGGCCCUUCUUCAACGCUCAGUUUCCGACCGCAGAGUCCAGCACUGGGGCAGAUCGCGUCGAGUUUUACAAAAAUGGCGGCGGCCUUGGCUCUUCGCCCAACACAUCAUCUACCAACCUCACAUCAAAGGAGGCAAAAAGACUGUCUCUACAAGUCAAUCACUCGCGCAGCUUCGGCAAGGGCGAGUCACCAUCAGGAGGACCAUCCAUAGCGCAAAAAGGGUACAGGACGUUCCAAGCUGGCGAGUACAUGUACAAUUUCGAGCUUCCCCUCGAUAGUCACUUGCCAGAAACCAUCGACGUCGACCUCGGCUCCGUUAAGUAUGAGAUGGAGGCUACAGUCGAGCGAGCUGGCGCAUUCCGUACCAACCUACUUGGAACCAAAGAAAUCGUCUUGGUACGCACACCAUCAGAAGGCUCACUGGAGCAAGUCGAGCCCAUUGCCAUCAGCCGAAGCUGGGAAGACCAGCUGCACUAUGACAUUGUCAUCUCUGGAAAGUCCUUCCCAUUGGGUGCCCAGGUCCCCAUUGCCUUCAAGCUUACACCCCUGGCGAAGGUACAAUGUCAUCGUAUUAAGGUAUUCGUUACUGAAAACGUUGAGUACUUUUGCAAUCAAAAGCGGGUCCACCGUAUGGAGCCUGUCCGCAAAGUACAACUGUUUGAAAAGCGAGCCGACGGACCUCCCACAAGUACAUUUCCUGGCAGCACAAUGCGAAUUGUGUCAGGAGGCGGCGUACCAUAUGAUCAAAGAGCUGCAGCUGCACGAGGCGAGGAUGUGCAAGUACAAGAUCCGGGGAACCUACUGGGUGAUCUGAAUGGGGAAGGCAUUGUCGGACCCACAGAGAUGGAAUUCAACGUACAACUGCCAAGCUGUCACAACAUGCGAGACAAAGACAAGACUUCCCGGCUGCACUUUGAUACCACGUACCAAAACAUCCAGGUACAUCAUUGGAUAAAGCUGGUCAUGCGCCUUUCGAAACCCGACGCGGUUGAUCCAACGAAGAGACGACACUUCGAGAUUUCAAUCGACUCGCCCUUCCACAUCCUCUCAUGCCAGGCUACACAAGCAAAUACAGCGCUACCGGCAUAUUCGUCACCUGAGCCGUAUUUCGAUGACGCACGAGUACCCGAAUGCGGCUGCCCAAAUGCUCCUAUCCGCCGCACGUCUCCGACUGGUCGGGUCCCAACUCUGAGCUCGAUUAGUCGUUCUAGGGGCAACUCGGAUGCAACCAUACCAACACCCAUGCCGACACUCGCACGACCACAAGCAGCACACAUUGGUGGUCCUGCCGAUAAUAAUGUACAACGUCCCAUUCAUCUCCUUCGUGUACCAUCGUUUGCGCCACCAGAGUUCUCGGAGGAAGAACCGCCGCCACCUCUCGAGACUCCACCACCGCUAUAUGAGUCGAUCGCAUCACCCACAAGCGGACUGGCAGAUUAUUUCUCGCGGUUGUCCGACGCUUACGAUGACGACAGCGAAGGUGAGCGUGCAGACCACCGUCGUGUUGAGAUCCCCUUGACGCCCGGAGGCCGCACAGCCAGGAGCAUGGACGAAAGGAGAACAUGGCUUCCCGUCGGCCAUUAACUUGGACAACGCAAAACAACAAACAAGAGCAUGAAGCGCGCAUGAUUGCAAUGACGACAUGACAUACGAUUUGGCCUGCAUCUUCCGGCUGAUUUUAGGCGUUAUCGAACCCGGAUUGGUGGUUCAGGGAGCGUAAUUUCUUAUGCUUAUUUUCUUUUG